AUGUGGUUUCUCCUGCAUCACGCAGUGGAUCAGGAGCGACAGAAGCUCUCUCAAAGCUCGGGUGCUCAAGCAGACAUCCGAAAUGACGAUGAGCGGACCUUGCACAAGCUCCAGAACACUCAAGCAGACAUCAGGGAAGACCAGAGCCGCAAGCAGAGUUCGGACGCUCGAGAGGAUUUCGGGGAGGAGGAGAAGCGGACCUUACACAUGGAUUCGAACGCUGAAGCAGACUUCAGGGAGGAUUAUUUUUUGCGCAGCCUCUGUGACGGGAACAUGAAUGCAAAAACGAUGGCAGACAUCCGGGCGGACAAGGAGCGGACCCUGCGCAUGCUUGUUACACUGCUGCGUGGAGAGGGGCAGAUCUUCACGGAAAUGGUUGCAGGCUUGCUGAAAGAGGUUGAACCCGGCCGCUACCGCUCAGAGAGAUUGAAGGAGCGGAUGCGCACAGUCCUUUGCGACUAUGCGCGGGACAGGGAGGAGGUGCAGAAUUUUCUUCUUGAGGAUCGUGGGAGGUCCGAUCGUCGAAAGUCCAUGUAUGUCUUUGCAGACGAUCGUGCCAAGAAGCCGGAAGAUGUCGAUGCAUUCAACCUGAGCCGGCACAAUAUGCUCUAUGCCGCGGAAGUACAAGUGUCCUUGCGAAGCCUGCCAAUCGCAGCACCUCUGGCAUGCGAGCCGUCGGUGCUUGCGGCACUGGCAGAGACCGCUAACGAGGACACCCUACAAACAGAUGCUGUGGAAGCCAUCACCGCAGCGGCGUGGCUUCAGAUGCGAGUGGCCACCGCGGUCGACAAUUUCCUGAACUGCGUGGCUUUGGGAUGUUUGUGUUUGGUGACUUGGGCGUGUCGCAAAGAAGACAUGGAUGCCCAGCCGGCACUAUGGGUCCUGGCAAUCAUACAGUUCAAAGAGGCUGUGGAGUUGCUCUGGCAGCUUGUUGUCUACUGCUGGAGCCAUGUGUCCCGCAGACGCAACAGACACAAUAACACCCAAAGCAGGGGGCAUGUGGACCGCAUGAAUGGAAAGGAAAUGAAGCUGCUGGGUGAUGCCGAUGUCUCCUUUGUGCAGCCUGCGCCCAGCUUGGAAACUCUCUUCGAUUUCUUCUUCUUGGUGGCCGGUUGCUUCGCGAUCUACGGUCAGAUGGAGCGCUGCAGCGGUGGCGAGUUGGAGCCGAUCUUCUUGCCAGGCUUCUGUUCGAUGUACUGGCUCCGACUCAUGUACAGCCUUCGUGGAGAGCGGUGGCUGGGGCCCUACCUCCUACCCAUUCUGUCAGCCGUACGAGACACCGGGGCGUUCUUCUUCGUCACCUCCCUUUGUGUGGCAAGCGCGACCCAUGCCUACGUGAUCAUGAAUCCCCGAGGCGAGGACGAGUACCCCAUAUACUCUUCGUUCCUGCAGACGGUUCGAUUGGCCAUCUUCGGGGACUUUGACCUCUUUGAAUACCAGGGCCAGGACACCACCUUUCAGCUUGUGGACGACGAGUGGGCGCCGAAUGACCCCAACCCGAAAGAUGUGGGGGGAGAGCACUCGAUCAGCCCCUACAGGCCUUACAUCUACCUGCAGCUGUGCUUCUUUGGCACGGGGAUCGGCAUUACGGUGCUGCUCAUGAACCUGCUGAUUGCCAUCCUAAGCCAGAACUACGAGAUGCAACAGGGCCGGGCACAAGGGCUCUUUGUUCAGGCCCGCGCGCGUAUGCUGCUGGAGGUUCAGCUCCGGCCGUGGACGAGGGUGGGCGCCUGGCUCGGUGGCAAGCUCUUCGACCCCGAAGUAAAAGGGCCUCCGCCCCUUUGCUUGCACCUUGUGACGCUGGCAGAGAUCGCAUUGCGCCCUCUCAAAGUGGUUAUGGAGCCUUUUGUCCCUGGGGCGUAUUACCAGAAGAAUGUCUUCGAACGAUUCUUGCAGCGGGCUCUCUGGAGCCCUGUCGCGAAACAUAACUUCUUGGCCGUUGGCAUUCCUGUAGCGUGCGUGGUGCUGUUGGCCGGGUCUCUGGUGAGCCUGCUGGCUUUUGCGGUCAUCAUCCUGGUGCUGAAACUCGUGGGUUUUCGACUCGCAGGCAUCCGCUACACGCUCAACCUCAGCCUGUUCGGCCUCUUUGGUGAUCGCUUUGCCGAGGAGUGUGAGAUUUUUGCGCUGGUCCGGACGGAAGCCGCUUCGGACGAUUUUCGAAGCAUGCGAAGUGACCUAAAGGACCUCAGCAAGAUUGUUGUGAUAGUGAUAGAAGAUAGUUUGUGA